AUGCGAGAAUCACGCAGCCAUGAGAUCCAAGCGACAGCUUUGCCAUAUUGGAAAAGAAAGUUUGUCACUUUUUGCCGCUGGAUUGAUAAACUUCUGCAAGCACUAACAAAGUACUGCAGUGAUAACGAAAACAAGAGUGACGAACAUUCAUUAGAAAGACAAAAGUCUGAAGAGUCAAUGGAAACUUGUGGUGAAGAAGCAAAAGGUAAAAAGAAACGACUACCACCAAAGAAAGCCAAGAGACGAGGAAGAAAAGCUGCGAAGGCAGCAUCUCAAGAUGAAACUGAUGUAACUGAAAAUCUGGAUGUAUAUUCUCAGCCGACUUCUCUUACAACAAAACAGAACAAAAGCCAAGAAUCGUCAAGUAAACACACGCCUGUCUCGCUUUCCACCAAGAGCAUAACACCUGGAUCUGGUACUCCUGGGCAGAAAACUAGUGCUAACAAAAAGCAGCUAACCGAGGUGAGGUCAUCACUGACUCCACAGAUGAAGUCGGUUCUUCUCAAGCGAAGUUUGUCAUCUCAGAAGAGAAAACGUUCACUUUCAACAAGACAGGGAACGAAUGUGAAUGAUAAUGGUAAAUCAAGCCCUGUGUCGACAUCAGCAGCUAAAAGACAGAAACAAACUCUGGUAGUUGUACGCCAGCAAGAAUCAUCUGCUAAACACACGCCCGUCUCCCGUUCCACCAAGAGUGUAAAAGCUGGGUCUGGUACCCCACGACAGAAAGCUGGGGGUGCUAAGAAAGAUCAGUUAACUAAAAAAACAUCUCUGACACCACAGAUGAAGUCUGUGCUUCUCAAGCGAAGUCUGUCGUCUCAGAAGAGAAAACGUUCACUUCCAACAGCAACACAGGCGGUGAAAGGAUCAUUACCAGCAACACCUUCAUCUGUUGAGCCAUCUUCUAAGAGAAGUCGGCGGAGUACCUAUGACAAAACGCCAGAGGGCGCCAGUCCAGGGGUGGACGUUCUCUUGGACUCCAUGAAGGGUCACAUGGACAGCAACGAGAGGAAGGAGAGUCUCAUGACGGCCAUCACCAGCAACGUCAAGGCCAAGAGAGACAAUGGGACACCAAAGAUGGGUGCUACUGAGAACAAUCAGACACAUAUUCCUCGAUUUGCGGCUUUUGUAGGAAAAAAUAGACACUGUACUAAGAAGCCAAUUACACCAGGAAACAAAGACUGGCAAAAGAUCCACAACAAGGAAUUUAGGUUACAGACCAUCAAGUUGACUUUCCUGGAGUUUGGCCCAUUUUUUGACAGUUAUGGUCCUUGGAAUUUAGAAGCUACAAAAAAGUGUGCCUGAUAAAGGUUAUGUUUUGCUUUAGCAGUACGCUGAGAAUACUUAGUAUAUAUGUAAGAUGUUCUUCAGUUACUAUUCAUAUAGUACGUAUACAGUACAUAUGCAUAUAAUUUGCUACAUGUUUUAUAGUUACCAACAGAAAAAUGUCGGCGCCAAUACAUAAUAAAAUACUGGAGGAUGUUAAACUUUAUUUUAUAGUACUGAUAAUAAGUUAGUUUAAUGUUUAUUCAGAGUAAAAAAAGUUACUUUUCUACGCCAGUAUUUGUUAAUGCAAACACGCUUUCAACUGUAUUAACCACAUAUUAAUGUAGCAAUUAAUCUAUUCUUGUGGGCAUCUUCUGUAAUAAAUGUAGAUCAUGA